GUUGCGAGUUGCAACUAUUCAUCCUUCGUGGCUGCCAUUGGAUAUUGUUCUCAUCAAGUACACCGAGAUUGUGUAAACUGUCUACUCCUCCUUCCGACUUUGAACGUCAAUGCGCUUGCGCUGCCGUGCUCGAGGCCAAGCAGUGUGGUUCAUAUUCUGAAGCAUCCGUCAUAGGCUCGAGCAAGAGCCCCGUGCCACAAUGACUUCCGCCAUCUCUCCCUCGUCCUCGUCUUUGUCAAGGCCAUCAGUCCGAGUCGGUACCAUCAAGUCGCUCAGCUCGUCGGCGAGGCAUCAUAUCACACUGAGGGAGCAGAAGAGUGGAGAUUAUCAUUCUUUGUUGCUAUUCAGUUUUCCUGUACGUGCACAAGACGUUACCGAGGAUGAAGACGGUAGCUCUACGAGAGCUUCCAUGGAUCAACGAAAGUUCUACUGCAUGGAGGCGACGUGCCCCCAUCUCGGUGCGCCACUCGAGAAUGCAACGAUAGAGGAGCAGGAUGAUGAAGACGAUAUCGAAGACAUGGUGGUAGUGUGCCCCUGGCAUGAGUACGACUUCAACCUGCGAACGGGCGAGUCCUCACAUGGAGUGCAAGCCUGUGUGUAUGUCGUGGAGCAAAAGUUGGGCGACGGAUCGAUAUGGAUUGAGACACCUACGGCUGGCUCUUCCGCGUCCCACUGGGAGCUUGUAGAGGUGCGGCCCGUCAGCGAAGCAUUUUCAGCGCGGGAUCGGCGACGUCAGCAUUUCGUGGCAGCCGCAGGAGUUGCCAAUCAUGCUGCUACCUCAGAAGAGCUCACAAAGCCACUCACACACUUGUCUCUGUUUUCAGACAAGCAGGCGUUCGCGGGUCAAAGACCAUAUCGUUCAGAGGCAGACGAAGCACCUGCUUCUUCGAUCUCACCACCAGAACCGCAACCCAAAACACUUGUCGAAUGGGCAUGUCUGAUUCUGAACACUGCCGAGCCGCGGCGUAAAGUCGCUUACACCAGAAUGGCAGCGGCUGCAUUCCGCAGUGGCCGCGUUAAACUCAUUGGCGGGGGCUACGCACGCAGCUGCUCCCAAGCUGAGGAAGAAGUUGCACAUCAGAAAUCAGAUGCGGAAACUGAGUUGGAGCCAAGUGCAAGCAUCCCUCAGCGCAGAUGGACAUGGACACGGUCGACCCAAGAGACGCCACCACGAGUGCCGCCACGAUUGGAGAGCGCUAUCAUCGUUGAACCAGGGCAGCUAGGAAAACGUGGUAAAGGGGGGACUGUCAGAAGCCGAAUUGCGCUUCUGCACAGUCUGGCAAACAUCGAGCAGUGGGCAAUCGAUCUGGCUUGGGACAUCAUUGCACGAGCACCAGAGCUGGCGCAUGGUGAGCUGGUAGGGACGUCGGGCUCGAAGAAACUUCCCGUUCAGUUCUUCACAGACUUCUUGAAAGUCGCAGAGGAUGAAGCAAAGCAUUUUUCACUGCUCACAGAACGUAUAGAGGCGCUGGGCUCACACUUCGGCGCAUUGCCGGUACAUCACGGGCUGUGGCAGUCAGCAAGCGAGACCAUGCAUUCCUUGCCGGCGCGAUUGGCGAUCAUUCACCUGGUCCAUGAAGCCAGGGGAUUGGACGUCAAUCCGACUACGAUCCAGAAGUUCCGCAACGCUCAGGAUGCAGAGUCGGUCGACAUCCUGACUAUCAUCCACCUCGACGAGAUCACCCAUGUGUCCGCUGGUCACCGCUGGCUUUCGUAUCUAUGCGCACACGCCGAGCCGCCCAAAGAUCCUGUUGCUGUCUUCCGUGAAGAGGUGCGGCUCAACUUCGUAGGCAAGGUCAAGGGCCCAUUUAAUUCUGCAGAUCGUGCAAAGGCCGGUCUUAGUAAGGAGUGGUACGAUGGACUGCAGGGAGAGAAGUCAGGGAUCAAGCCGAUCGGCGCACAGCGGGCUGAAGUUGCCGGCGGUUGAUCGACAGGCAUUAAAGACCAUUUGUAGCGGACUUAAGUUCCUAUAGAUACACUAAGAUACAU